CACAGAACGCACACUGAGUCUUUUUGAUAUUAACAGAAAGUUGACAUAAACUGUGGUGAUAUUCUUCACACACACGUCUUGAACAAAAUAAGAUGAGGAAGUUAUUUUUAUUGCUUCUCUUCUCUCGCUUUUCUUCGCCAGUCAAACACUCCCUGAAGUAUUUCUACACUGCAUCCUCUGGAGUCCCAAACUUCCCGGAGUUUGUUGUUGCUGUGCUGGUUGAUGACGUGCUGGCAGGUUACUGCGACACCUUCACAAAGGUGGUAGAACCAAAACAGGACUGGGUUAAAAAAUUAUUCAAAAAUGAGCCUCAUCAUUUUGAGAAGUACACUCGAGAGUGUUCUGAGAGUGAGCCGAACUACUUUAAAGCCAUGAUUCAUACUUUGAAGCUGCGCUACAACCAAACUGGAGGUGUCCACAUUUUGCAGAGGAUGAACGGCUGUGAGUGGGAUGAUGAGACUGGAGAGAUUAAUGGAUUUAACCAGUACGGUUAUGAUGGAGAAGACUUGAUAUCAUUUGAUCUGAAGACAUUGACAUGGAUCGCUCCAACACCACAGGCUGUCACCACCAAACUGAGCUGGGAUGCUGACAAAGCAAAAAUAAAACAUAAUGAGAUAUACUUCACUCAGAUUUUCCCUGAAUGGCUGAAGAUGUAUUUGGCUUAUGGUGGGAGCUCUCUGCUGAGAACAGGGCGUCCCUCAGUGUCUCUCCUCCAGAAGACUCCCUCCUCUCCAGUCAGUUGCCACGCUACAGGUUUCUACACUGAGAGAGCCACACUCAGCUGGAGGAAAGAUGGAGAGGAGCUUCAUGAGGACGUGGAGCUCGGAGAGAUCCUCCCCAACAACGAUGGAACCUUCCAGAUGAGUGCUGAUCUGAAGCUUUCAUCAGUCGCACCUGAAGACUGGAGCAGGUACACCUGUGUGUUUCAGCUCUCAGGUGUGAACGAGGACAUCAUCACCAAACUGGACAAAGCAGACGUCAGGACCAACUGGGAGGAGCGCAGUGAGGUGACCUUCCCCAUCGUGGCCUCAGUGGUUUUUGCUCUCCUCCUCCUCCUCGUCAUCAUUGCCACUGGAUUCUUCACCAUUUACAAAAGUAGGAAAGCCCGUCCUUCACCUGAUCCUGACGAUGACUCUGAGCUCUCUGAAAACCUGAAUCCAAGACCUGAUUGAAGACUACAUUAUUAUAUUCUAUGUAUUUUUAUGGAUGGGUUUAACAUUAAUAGCGGUGGAAGUAUGGCUAAAUCUUGUUUCUGAAAAUGACAAUGAAGAAAGAAAUGAAAAGACAAGUGGAGAGUCGAAGCAUAUAGUUAAUCGAAAACUCCAUAGUCCUUGCUUGAAUCAAAUGUGUUGUUCUCUGUUAGUGCUGCUGAUUGGCUUUUCAUUAAAGUUUGCUGUUCUUAAAA